AUGUCACUGACUGAUCUUCAAGUGCAAAAAUCAUUAAAUUCUCGAUUUUUUGCAAUUUUAGAACGAAAGUACUUAAUAUGGUUAAGUAUAGUAGUAACAGCUUUUCUGUACAAUGCUUUUGGUAUUCCACUUCGCAGUUCUUACCCUUAUCAAACAGAAUCUAACCUUAUUUUUUGGUUCAUCGCUGAUUAUACUGCUGAUGCCAUUUAUCUGAUCGAUAUGUUACUUGUCAAGCCAAGGCUACGUUUUAUGCGUAGUGGAAUACCUGUGAAAGAAAAUAAAGAAACAGCAAAGCGUUAUUUACGAAGUUCAGAAUUCAAACUUGAUUUACUCUCUUUGGCUCCCUUAGAUAUUAUGUAUAUUUGGACUGGGCCAAUUGCUGCUUGGCGUGCUCCACGCAUGUGCAAGCUUCUGUCAUUUUGGCAGUUAUUUAGUCUUCUAGAUAAUUCAGUUUCAAAUCCAUAUAUAAUCAGAAUAACAAAAACAUUAGCAUAUAUGAUUUACUUAAUUCACUGUAAUAGUUGUAUUUAUUACAUGCUUAGUGCUUGGCAAGCUUUUGGACAAAUUGCUUACAGAAUGAACAAUAGAUGGUAUUUAAAUAAAUGGGUUUAUAAUAAUCAAGGAAAUGCUUAUAUCCGCUGUUUCUAUUUUACGGCAGCUGUAGCAACCUCAACAGGCAAUAAUCCAGCACCAACAAAUGUUGUUGAAUAUAUUUACAUGACAUUUUCAUGGAUGAUGGGCGUUUUUGUUUUUAGUUUAAAUUCAUUUCAGAUCCGUGAUAUUGUUUCAAAUGCAAAUCGUAAUCGUGAGCAGUAUCGACAAACGAUGGAUCAAGUUUUACGAGAAUGUAAACGACUUGGCUUAUCUAAAGAUAUUGUUGACCGUGUAAGGGACUGGUUUAUUUACACGUGGCAAAAACAAAAAACUUUAGAUGAAAAAAAAUUAGUUGAAAAACUACCAAGAAAGCUGCAAACAGAUUUAGCUUUAUCUGUUCAUUACAAUACGCUUAGCAAAGUUCAACUUUUUCGAGAUUGUGAUCGAGCUUUGCUUAGAGAAUUAGUUCUAAAACUUCGACCGGUAAUAUUCCUUCCUGGCGAUAUGAUUUGUAAAAAAGGUGAUGUUGGCAAGGAAAUGUAUAUUGUCAAUGAUGGUAUCUUACAAGUAGUUGGUGGCGAACAGAAUAGCCAAGUUUUUGCUGAACUUACAGAAGGAUCAGUUUUUGGGGAAAUUAGUUUACUUGCCAUCGGUGGAAAUAAUCGACGAACUGCGAACAUCCGUUCAAAAGGUUAUUCAACAUUAUUUGUUCUUUCCAAAGAAGAUCUCAAUGAUGUAAUUAAGGAUUAUCCAGAUGCUGAACAAUUGUUGAAAAAAAAAGCUCGGGAAAUGUUAAAAAAAGAUGGAAAAAUGAAUAAAAAAGACAAUGCUGAAGAACAAAAAGAUUUAGAAAAAAUAUGUCACAUUUCAACGCACAUACAAACACCAAAACUUGUGAAGACAGUUGAGAAGGCAAUGUCUCGGAGUUAUUCAUCAGCUAGUAAGGAAUCUCUAGUGUUUUCUGUUCUACUUCUAGCAAAUUAUAAAACAAGCUUGAGUUAUUUAGCAAGAAGUCAAAACUUAAGCAUGAAUUGUUUUUGA